AUGGAGCUGAUCAACUCUACUGAUAACAACCUUCAUGUCUCUACUUCACAAAGAAAUAGUACUCAUUUUCCUUCAAUUCCUGUCUCAAAUACGAUGGCUGUCCUUUUUUUGUUCAUGUCAUGUAUAUUCGGUACAGUCACCAACGGGCUUUACAUGUGGGUGCUAAAAUUCAAGAUGAAAAAGACUGUUGGUACUCUUUUAUUUUUUCAUCUCAUUCUUUCGUAUUUUAUUUUCACAUUGACCUCGCCAUUUAUGGCUACCUUAUUUCUGAAAAACAAGCACUGGAGCUUUGGCACUGUCAUGUGCAAAGUCAUUAACAGCACUUUAUCUGUAGGGAUGUUCUCCUCUGUUUUCUUUCUCGCGGCCAUCAGUGUGGAUCGGUAUCUUCUCACUCUUCACCCAAUAUGGUCACAGUUGCACCGGACCCCACGCUGGGCUUCCAGCAUUAUCCUAGGAGUCUGGGUCUCUGCUAUUGCCCUCAGCAUGCCCUCUAUGGUUUUCAGGGAGACACAUACUGACCUUAAAGGAAGAGUGACUUGCACGAAUAACUAUGCUGCGUUUAGUAAUUGGGAAGGCAAAAAAUCACAAACAUUGAGCAAACAAAUUCAUACAGCCCUUUUCAUCUGCCGCUUCUUGCUAGGCUUCCUUCUGCCUUUCUUCAUCAUCACCUUUUGUUACAAAAGGGUAGCCAACAAGAUGAAAGAGAAGAGCCUAUUUAAAUCCAACAAGCCCUUCAAAGUCAUGGUGACUGCCAUUAUCUCUUUCUUUGUGUGCUGGAUGCCCUACCAUGUAUACCAGGGUUUAGUUCUCACUAAGACCCAAUCACAAUUUUUAGAGUUGCUUCUGAUACUUACAAUAGUAACCACUUUUUUCAAUACUGUUUUUUCUCCCACACUCUACCUAUUUACUGGGGAGAACUUCAAAAUGAUGUUCAAGAAGUCCAUUCUUGCUCUGUUUGAAUCUACAUUCAAUGUCGAGUCUUCAACAGAAAAGAUACAAAAUUUAAAUUCAGAAUCCUAA